UUCUGUCGAUCGCAGGCUGAGAAAUUCGAAAGCCUGCGAUCGACACUCGUAGAGGAAGGCCUGACCGACAUCUCCUUCGGAGCGGUCAACAGCCACCUCUACACCGCCCCGCUUGAGAUCGGGGAGAUAGAAGGGAGAGUCGGCUUCCCCGUGUAUCAGGACACGGCUGAGGAGGAGAUCUGGAAGCUGUUAGAUGCUCGUAAAGAUGACUUCAUCAUUUACGACAGGUGCGGGAGGUUAGUUAGACAUGUCAGGAUGCCCCAGGCGCACAUGGACAACCCUGACGUAGAGAACAUCAUCAGGUCGGUGUACCACCACAGCCCGUGCGGACCCUGUGCCACCCCGCCCGUACCCAUGGACGAGGCGGACCUCGGGUCAGGUUAUGAGGAUGAGGAGUUCCUGAGUGAGAACGACACCCUCCCCACCUCCUCCCCACAGAACGGGACGUCUGUAAACAAUGUGACAGAACAUGUCAUGUUUACAGAACACAACCGCACAGAGGGGAACCGCACUCAUCAUCAUCAUCAUCAUCAUGUACAUCAUCAUCACCAUCAUCAUCAUGGCCAUGGUCACGCUGAACGUCAUGACAAUCACACUGAAAGUCAUGAAGGUCAUGACAGUCACGCUGGAGGUCAUGACGGUCAUGAAGGUCAUGAUAGUCACGCUGAGGGUCAUGAUAGUCACGCUGAACGUCAUGACAGUCACGCUGAACGUCAUGAAGGUCAUGACAGUCACUCUGAAGGUCAUGACAGUCAUGCUGACCAUGAAGUUGAUGAUCAUGAAAGUCACGCCGAAGAUCACCAUCGCCACCAUCCCCGUCGCCCCAAGAAGAACAAGUCCCUGUUCGACCGACUGAGGAGGAAGCACUCCCGCCACGACGACUCUUUCCCUGCGGACGACUGUCGACACCACAGCCAGGGGACCUGCAACAAGCUGAGGAAGCUUGGCAUCCCCGACAGCUGAUGUUCGCUUUGAUGCAACUAGGCGGCGCUGCCACACGCCUACUUGCAUCAUCGCUUCUCAAUCGACCACACAGUUCUUUACUGUGCGGUCACCGCUAUUUCUACUCUCUCUAUGCCUUGUACCAGUCUCUCUAAUUUCCCUCCAAGUCAUUCCACCAGACAAAUGUUAACGUGCGUUUUCGCAAACGACUGUUAACGCGCAUGCGCUUUCGCGGACAACCGUAAAAGCGCAUGCGAAGUACACUUUUUCCCAUGCGUCGGCUGUCAGAUCUUGCACAUGAAAACGUCAGAUUAAAACCUUUGGGUUGUCUGAGGUUGGAGUUUCUUUCAAGAUUGGGGCCGUAUAUGGGGAGAUGUGUACUUCGGAAAUGGAAAGAAAAGAGACUGGCACUUUGCUCUAUCUACUUUCUUAUGCUAUAAGUGUUCGACACAAAAAGAUAUUGUCUUUCGCUUUGUUGUUUGUUUGUUGUUAAAUAUCGUUUGAUUCCACAUUCUAUCAAUAUUGUAAUGCUUGCGAACCAGCAGCAAAGAAACCUUUUAUCAGUGUCUACAUAUGGAGAUAAAAGGCGUCAAAACUGUAGAUGAGGUUAAUAAUCAAAACCAUAACUUGUUUUCCCUUUAAAAGUACGAAAUGUGUCGUAAUUACAGACUUGUUCCAUCUUUAUAAUACAUCUCGUGUUUUACCGCGGGCGUCGUAGAGUAGAUGUUUUAUAAUAGUAACAGUAAUUUACAAAUUCGUCACUUUUUUCGGUGACGUAGAAAUCUAUAGCUAGUACGCAAGGUACUUUUUCUGUAUCAAAAUGAUAUUUGUGAGAUUCCUUCCACCCACCGGUCCCAGUCUACAUCAGGUGAACCGUAGAACCAUAUUUAUGACGAUCCCCAACAAAACGGGAUUUCCCGCCGUGGGGAUCCGAUGGCAUCAUGGGAAAUGAACUCACGCUGCUGUGUACGACGUCAUUGUCUGGCGAGUGAAAGAAAUCUUUUCAGUUCAAUAAACACAGCUGAUCACA